UACGGGUCAGGGAUGAGGCAGGUGUGUCUGUGUAGACACAGGCGAGGCUGAACACGGCAGGCACUGGGACCCAUGGGAUAUGUUAUCUCUGUUCUAAUUAGUACUGCAAGUACUGCAAGAAGCUUCCUGGACACAACGCAAACCUAUAGAAAAAGACAGAGAGGAACUGCACUUGUGUAAUGCUGGACUGUGACACGGAGACGGCGACACGGAUCAGGGGGCUCCCGUGCUGCUGGAUAGGGACACAGGGGAAGUGCCCGGGGGGCUUCUGUGCUGCUGGAUAGUUACACAGAGGAACUGCAUCUGGGACUGUAGCUCUGCCCCACAAGUAGCACCGACAGGAGUCAUAGGACCGCCCCGUGUUCUGCUCUGCGGGGGACACAGCACCCUGGUUGCUACUUGGCACGGCAGUGAGUCCGGGGGCCGCUCCCGCGCUGCGACCCUGGGCUGAUAAAUCAGGAUAGACCCUCCUGCGAGAUCUGUUUGCAAGGUGACCCUGUCCCCGCUUCUCCCCACCGGACCACGGCAUGGGGCUGUCACAGUCUCGAUCUCUGGUGACCCGGGAACUGAUGGAGAAGACGGGCUGACACUGAACUCCUGAGGGUGCUGAUCGCAAGCCCACGAGGCGACCACUCACUCCCACAGCACGGCCGCCACCCCCUAACAGAGCCAGAAGAAAAAAGAGUGAGUGUAUCUUCUCCAGAGGAGUCUAUUCUAUGUACUCAGGAUGCAAUGUGCUUUCCCAGCCUUCUGGAUCUGAACCCCGUCUCAGCAGAGCAAAUUGAGCAUCUACAUAAGCGCUUCGUCUGCCUGACGGGGGAGAGAGGAGUUCUCAGUAAAAGAGAUUUGGAAGCAAUUGAAGAUCUGAAACAGAAUCCUAUUAGAGAGAAAAUAAAAAAUGCAUUUUUUGAUAGAAGGAAUCUUCGGACAGGAUCUCAUGGAUUUGAAACAGAAAUUAACUUUGAGCAGUUUCUCAUUAUUAUGUCCUAUUUCCGCCCGAUGGGUCAGAUUGUAGAUGAAGAGAGCAUUAGCUCAUGUCGCAAAGACAAGCUGAGGUUUCUCUUCAACAUGUAUGACAGUGACAAUGACAGCAAGAUUACCCUGGAUGAAUACAGAAAUGUGGUGCAAGAGUUAUUAUCAGAAAAUCUCCACAUUGAGGUUGAGCAUGCAAGAUCUAUUGCCGACGGAGCAAUGUUGGAAGCAGCCAGCAUGUGUGUGGGGCAAAUGGAACCUGACCAGGUGUAUGAAGGAAUUACAUUUGAAGACUUCCUGAAGAUUUGGGAGGGAAUUGAUAUUGAAACCAAAAUGCAUAUCCGAUUCCUGAACAUGGACACUAUACCUUCCUGUCACUGAUGUUUAGCUGACGCUGGAGAUGUUUCAACAUUUUUCAACUUUUUGACCUGUUUAUCACUUGCUGGAGAUGAAUGUGUUGUUUAUUUACAGCGGGUAUCUUAUUUCUCUAGUUUAAUGUUUGUUUCAAACUCAAUAAACAUAUAUUAAACAAACCUGUAACCAGGUGGUUUCAAACACGGUCCUCAGGGCACCCCAGUAGUCCAGGUUUUACACUUAUCCAUGCUUGGCCACAGGUGACUUAAUUAGCACCUCAGACAAUUUGAUUUAACCAUCUGUGCUGAGCCAUGGAUAUACCUAAAACCUGGACUGUUGGGGUGCCUUGAGGACUGGGGGGCAGAUAUAUUAACCAGGAGAAGGCAUAAGGAAGUGAUAAACCAGUGAUGAUUGGCUGGUGCGUUUAUCACCUUGCACUUAACUCCAAUUUGUAAACUAGCAGUUAGGAGCUGAUUGGCUGGUGCAUUUAUCACCUUGCAGCACUUAUUACUGGUUUAUCACUUCCUUAUGCCGUCUCCAGAAUAAUACAUUUGUCCCCAUGUUUGAGAAUCUCUGAUGUGACUAUUUUUGAGAAAGUAAAGUGGCAAUAUAUUGUAUUCAAUAAAUAGCAUUUUCUACCUAUAGACAA